AUGUCUCGUUACGCCUUGCGCAGCCGCCGCAACACUGUUGCAACAGGGCCAGCCUUGCCAAGGGUGGAGAGUCCUUUAUCCGAGUUAUCUGGUGAGCUGUCCCCAGAUAUCCGUAAUACUAAAAUCCCGGCAGAAUCCAGCACUGCGAGUGCUCAGGGCUCUGCUCCUGGUCCGGCUGCGAGCCGUGUUCCAGCGUCUGGCAAUGCCAUGCUGAGGAACCCUCCUUCUGCUCAUGUACAAGCGGAGGAGGAGAAAUCGUCUCCUUCUGACUCGGAGGAUGAUGAGGAUGUCAGUUCCCAAGGGAAUCUGACUGCUGCGGGUAUUUCAAAGAAGAAUUUGUCUCGUAGUAAUGUAGAAUAUGAUGAUGAAUCUGAUACAUCUAGUUCUAGUAGUAGCAUGGAAUCCAAGAAAGCAUCUAGUAAGACUGAUGCUGAGGAACCUACUCCCCUUCAACCGGCAAGGCCUGCAAGGCUUCGUCGUACUCAGAGUCUGGAUGACCUGAGUAGGAAUGCAGUUCGCUUUAAGGAGCAGCAUAAAGCAAAGAAGCUCACCAAGGAACAAGCUUCUACAGUUAGGGCUGCAGAACGUAAUCUGACUACCGAGCAGCGAGAAAUCCUGGCAAAACGUCAGGAUAAGGCCCAAGCUCAUACUGUUGCGAAGGGAAAAUUUGCCGAUCAUAACCAGGAAGUUGAUGAUUCGGAAUUGGACAUUGAGGCUCAACGUGAGGCGCUCAAGAACUGGAACCAGGUCCGUGAUGAGAUCCAGGAAUCACUUGAUGGUCAUCAGGAUGAACCUGAACCUGAAACGCACCAUGAGGAUGGAUUCGCAAAGGUCAGAAAGUCUUCUAAGCAGGACUAA